CAUCCAAAAUCUGGCCACACUUCAACGGUUUUUUUGCGAAUUUUAUUUCCAUAAUUCUGAAGAAUUUGCAAUUGAAAUCAAGAAAUAGUAGUAGUUUGUGUGACCGAAUAGCCACCGCCCAACCAUCAACGUCUGUCCGUGCUUCAGAUGCAACUAUAGUAUUGCUUAUCGCCACCGCUGCUCCUCCAGUGAUCUGCUUCGAUUCGAUCCAAUGUCGGCGUCACAACGCGGCGGCAGCAGCAACAACAAAUGAGUUAUAUCGUUCUGAUUGCGGCCAGCUAGUAAAGUGAACGCUUUGCGGGCUCUGGACUCCUCCGAUGCGCCGCUAACGCUUGCCACUAGAAGUCGGCACCAUGUCCAGUUCGGUGUUUACGGAGGCGCCCAGCGCCCGGCCGGCGGCCAUUGAUGGCGACUCCAAUCUGGUUGUGGUGUACAGUAAGAAUGGCAUCUCCUUUGACGAGCGCGCCAUCGGGAACCUCAUGGAGGAAAAAUCGAUUUCCACCAUCAGCGUGGUACGCCUCACCUCGCCGACACCUAGCAUGAUGGACCAGGAGGAGGCCGAGCGGUUAGAGGAGCUGGAGCGAUUCAUGGAGACGGCCACGGACUCGGAGCUCGACAGCGACAAUGGCAGUCAGAGUGAUGGCGAGGAUGACGAGAGCGACGAGGAUAUGCCAGACGAGGAGAAUCAAAACACCGGCGAUGAGAACAAUACUGAUUCUACGGAAACCGAGGCCGAUGCUCCCCGCACCCGACGACGUCCUGGGCGCAAGCCGAAAGUCAUUAAAAAGCGGAAACGACGCAAGCCAAAGGAACGGCCCCAAAUUGUGGGCCUUCGGGUCGAGCAAUUCUACGCGGACGGUACAGCCGAUAUGGUUGUGAAGAACGCAUUAAAGCUCGCCGGCGUUUCCAUUUACAAGCGGACUGCGGAAACGGACGCCCUGCUGGAAGUUAUCCGAAACGAUCACAACUACACUCCAUUUACCUCGCCGGAGCAGCUAAAGAACCACAAGCGCACCGAGAAGAUGUCCAUAGAUAUGCAGGCCCAGAGCCGCAAGAUAAUCAUGCAGGCGCCGGGAAGCUUAAAGCUGAUCAAUGCCAAGAAGCGAGUUCAGGCUACGCCCUUCACUCCCCUGCAGGUGAAGGUCCAGAGACUACCCACCAAUCCGGCGCAGGCCCCGCCUCCGCAACAGUUGCAGCCAAAGGUGCACGUGAUACGAAAGCCCAUCCAGCAGCCACUGCCAAGACCGAAGCCAGAGAUUGCCGCCAACAGCAUAGUUAGUGUAAGGCCAAGGCCGACCCGCUUCCCCGUCAAGGUGAUUGCUCCUGUGCAGGACUAUGUUGAGGAUGAUGACGAUGCUCAGAGCUCGGAUCCCGCCGAUGAGGAGAAUGCCGACAAGUCCUAUGACACUGAGGAGAUGAGCGAGGAUAGUGACGAUGGCCAGGACUCGGACAACGACAGGGAUAGCGACAUGGACUUCCAGAUGAGGCGCAGCGGUGGCCGUAACCCCAGCAAGAAGAAGCGGGGCAGAAAAUCGGGCAGACCGGCAGCCCCAGCCAAGACAGCCAAACUUCAGACCCCGCCUUCCUCCACACCCAAGCACUUUCCCGAGGUGAAGCGACGGACGAAGGAGAUCGUGGAACAAAAGGCUCCGCAGAUUGGACAGAUCAUAAAUCUGCCGCCGAAAGCUCCAACUUCAGUUAUUGCCUUGGGCAGAGGUCUUGCCAGCACCUCGUUCCUCAAAUUGAGAUCCACCCAUCAGGCGCUGCCCGUGCGAAAGCCUCGGCUGCCAGCAGUGACUGUUCCUGUGAAGGACCGCAGCUUGCCGCCACCUGUUGUGCGAAUGGGACGUGUCAUAGCCAAUCCCGGGGUGUUCAGUAACCAGCCGCAGGAGGUCAAAGAGAUUAUCAUCAAUAAGAAUAUGGCCAGCCCAAAGGGAGUGUUUACAAAUCUCAACAGUCUGCUGGGCGAAAACCAUACUUCCAGCAAAGCCUCGCCCGAUCCGCCCCGUCAUCGUGCCGCCGUUACAUCGCCCAGCACUCCGAAGACGACUUUCAGCAGGCAGCCAACACAGUCAACGGCUGUUAUGGCUUCACCCAUAUCCAAUACCAUGCAAGUUCCCACACCAUCCAAGGGUUUUAUGCCCAUAGGCGUGGACACAGCCCAGUCCCACAAGUUGCCCGCACAAAUUGUGAUUGAGACGCACCAAAGCUCCUCGGAACUGGCGGCGGAGAACGACAAGCAGUUGGAUCUUAUCAACUCCAUUGUUCAGGACGAACUGCUGAAGACAACGCUGGUGGAGCAGAAGCCGCCGCCACCGGACAACAAGGCGCAGGAGCUUAUCAACUCCAUUGUUCAGCACGAUUUGCUAAAGUCAAGGCAGCCGCCGCCACCGAACGACAAGACGCAGGAUCUUAUCGACUCCAUUGUUCAGCACGAAAUGCUAAAGACAAGGCAGCCGCCGCCGCCGCCGCCACCACCGGACAACAAGGCGCAGGAUCUUAUCAACUCCAUUGUUCAGUACGAAAUGCUGAAGACAAGGCAGGCGCCGCCGCCACCGGUUAACGCUGUCGAGGACAUACCGAAACUGGUGAAAAUGUUGGAGAGUACAGCGGCUGCCCUGGAUUCGGUGCCACAGCAGAACUUUGCCGCUGCAGAGAUGCAGAGUUCGGCGAACCAAAUUGACAUAAUGGAUGCGCCAGACGAAGAUGAGAUUACCGCUGAUUUUCUGCAGCAUGUGGUUGGCCUUAUCGAGGAAGACAAACAGUUUGAGGCCGAGGUGGUGAGACAGGUUUUGGCUAGUGCCGAGCCAGGUACGCUGGAUGCAAUGGUGUCGAUGCCCACACCAGUAGAGCCUGUCUCCCUGACGCCAGCCCCUUUAGUACCGCCACCUGCUGAACAUCCGUUGCCAUCCCUCCCGAUGGCCUGCAGCACACCCUCAAGAAACUUGGCCACCGCCUCUGCAAAAGUUGUCCGCGGAAAUGGACGCAUCAUUUACCUGCCCCCCAUGGAAGCGCCAACCACGCGUGCCAAGCGACGAGCUCAGAUUCCCUCAGCGUCGCCCACAACGAGCACCGGGGAUCUGAGCAACUUGUCCUUCAGCGAACCUACGAACCUGGACACCAGCAGCCAGAGCAACGAGAGCCAGAGUGGAAUUGGGCCGAAAAGGCCAAACCCACGGGAGCCAUCAAUGGCCAGGCGCUCAACGGUGCCCAGGAGAUCGAAGAAGCUGAACACAAGCCAGAGUCACGAUCCGGAGGCUUCAGAAUCUCAGGAGGAUGAUGAUGAUCCCAACAAGCUUUGGUGUGUUUGUCGGCAGCCGCACAACAAUCGCUUCAUGAUAUGCUGCGAUUUGUGCGAGGAUUGGUUCCAUGGCACCUGUGUUGGGGUGACCAAGGCCAUGGGCACCGAGAUGGAGCACAAGGGCGUCGACUGGAAGUGUCCGAAGUGCGUUAAAAAGCAAGAAGAGAAGAGUCAACCCCGCAUUACGGACAUGCUGGUGGUCGCCAGGCCAACCGUUCAAACUGAGCAAAAGUUCAAUGAUACCAAAGUCCCCGGCGAGUCUCCUGCGAAUCCCAGAAGAUUACUGCCGUUGGGUGUAACUGUGACUAGUUCUCCCCUGCGCAGUCCCAUGAUGAAGCCAGUCAAGAAAUUCCCUAUAAGCACGAAUCCACCCCCGCAGCAGCAGCAGCAGCUAAACUUCAUCAAACUGUCGCCUGCUGGAGACACAAACUGUGUGCUUUGCAAGCGGCCGGCGGCUUCUAAUUCGGUUUACUGCGGCGAAGAUUGUAUACGAAAGUAUGCCCAAAAUGCAAUUCAUGCAAACAGCAGCACGGUCAAGGGUCGCCCCGACUCCCCAAUGACCAGCGUUCAAUCGCCCUUGCACCAGGCCUUGGAUGCAAAGAAGAAUAAGAAGAAGGAUCUCUUUGAGGACAUGCUCCGGCAGGCGGACUCCGUGUCAAAAGUGGAACGGAUCAAUGUGUUUGAGCGUAAAACUGGACGUGUGCUCACCGGCCACUUGGCCCCCACAGCACUUCAGUUCCGCAAGUGGCUGCAGGAGAAUCCCACGUUCGAGGUGCUUCCCUCGGGAGCUACACAAUCCGCUGAUCCAGAGAGGCUCCAAGUAAAGCGAGUUCCGGAUCCAUAUACUCCUGCCGUCGAGCCAACAGCCGUGGCAGUCACAAAAAGACCCGUCGAUGCUGCCACCAACAAAUCUCCUCUAACGACGAUAGGCGGCACUCCGACGGGGCGUGGUCCGCAGGUGGUGGCCAGGAAAGACAAAGAGAAGGAGAAGCCACCCAACACCCCAAGUCGAUCCAUCGGUAAACCCGAACCCGUUCGUACCGGCAUUCGGCGGUCCCUCAAGGAACAGCUUCUGGCGCGGAUCAAGGAGGCCCAGACUGCAGAACUGGCCUCAAGUCAACUCCCAACAACAACGUGGCUGACGGAAGCCGAGGUGGAUCAGUUCGUGCAGAAUGUAGAGUCGGAGAUGUUCAACUCGUUUGGACGCGACGUGGGUGCCAAGUACAAGGCCAAGUACCGGUCGCUAAAAUUUAACAUCACGGACCGCAAGAAUCGGACCCUGUUCGAGAAGAUCUGUGCCAAGCAGGUGGAGCCCAAACAACUGGUCCGGAUGACGCCCGAGCAGUUGGCCAGCCAAGAGCUGGCCAAGUGGCGGGAGGAGGAGAAUCGCCACCAGCUGGACAUGAUUAAGAAAUCCGAACUGGAUAUGCUGUCAUGUGCCCAAAACUAUGUGGUGAAGACCCACAAGGGUGAGGAGGAGGUGAUUGCCAUUAAGAUGGAUGUGUCGCUGCCCGAAGAGGAGGUCAGCGAACCCAAACAGAUGGACAAAAAGCUCACGUCACAGAUAAGCGAAUCGGAUAUCUCCAUCCUGGAGCGCUCCAGUUCCCGGGAGAAGUCUGGGUCAGCCAAGGAGAAGCGCCACAAGAGCCACAAGCACCAUCAUCACCGCAAAAGAAGUCGCAGUCGAUCCAGUAGCCGGGGUCGAAGCACCGAAAAGCGUCACCGCAGGCACCACAAUGAAGGUGAGGCAGGCGGAGGAGAGCAUCGGGAGCAUCGGUCGCAGGAUAAAAACAUCAAGGAAAAGGAGUUGAUUGCCUCGAACUUGCCCAGAAAGAAGGACGAUGCGGAUCAAGCCUCAGCGCCAAAGAAGAUUCCUGAAAAGAAGUUGGACGCCAGUGCUUACAACCUGAUAGAUCAGAUUCUGGAAUCUGAAAAAACAGUUGAGCAGGCGGCAAAUUUGGGACAACCCGCCAAGCCUUUAAUCAAGCCAAUUGCCACGCUCCCAACCUCCUCGAAAGUCGCCGAACCCAUGGACCGGUACUCUCGCUAUGUCCAGGGCCUGACUACCAGCUCGUUAUGGGAGGGAAAUCUGAAGAUGAUUGAUGUGACCGACUUCGAAGUGGUGAUGCACCCCGUUCUAGGCGACAGCCAGCUCUUGAGCAACCUGCUUCCCAUCCAACUGGACGUGAUUGGACGGAUUACCCGCAUCAAUGUCUGGGAUUAUAUCAAGAAGCUAAAGAAGAGUCCCACCAAGGAGGUGGUCAUAGUAAACAUAUUCCCCUCUUCGCCGAGCGAAACUUCCAAGUUUGAUCUGUUCUUUGAGUACCUUGAUUCGCGUCAGCGGCUGGGCGUUCUCGGGGUUGAUUCAGAUCAGAUUCGGGAUUUUUAUAUCUUUCCCUUGGGCUCUAGCGAUGAGUUGCCGUCAGCUUUGGCGCCCACCGAGCGUGUUCCCUUUUACGAGGAUGCUCAGAGACCAAACACGCUUCUGGGGAUUAUUGUGCGGUGCCUAAGCAAGCGUCCUGCCCCGGCUCUGCCAUUGCCUCCGCCGGUGUCCACGCCCAAAAGCAGCACCAGCAGCAAGUUGUCGAAGAAGUCUCGCAGUCCCGUUACGUUUACGCCUCCAAGCAGCCCCAAACGGAAGCCAAGCACCCACUCCACCAGCUCGAAGGAUGAUGAGUUCGAUAUCGAUGCCAUUAUCAAGGCGCCAAUAGCGAAACUUCAGCGGAAUGCCACAAAAGCUGCUGUGGCCCCGCCACCAGUAAAAGAUGAUUCCAAUGAGCCCUACUCGCCCGGCGGCUCCGACGACGACGAAUUUACGCCGGCUGCUGCUCCUCCAAGAAUCUCCAAUGAUCUGGAACGGCAGGUGGACGAAAUCAAUAAACAAAUCGCCGCGCAACAAAUGGAAAUUGCCGGACUGCUGCAGCCUACUGGUUCAGCCUCCUCAUCGAAUGCAGUGUUGGCCGGCAUAUCCAUACCAGCCAAUCUCUCCAAGAUCCUGGCCAGCAUCAAAGACAAGAGGGACACAUCGGCUGGGGUUCUCGACGGGAAUGAUGAAUACAAUCCCGAGGACACUUUAACCUCGAGCAGUUCAUUCGCAGCAGCAGCAGCAGCGAAGCCGAAAAGCAAAGGCCGUUUGGCGCAACUAAGUGAAGCUGAGCUUCUUAGCAUGGUGCCGGACAAUCUGGCAGGCGUGAUGCCCAGCACAUCGAAGCUCCGUCACCCGGUGCCGCCACCGCCCCCUUCUCCGGGUGCCACCUGAAAUUAGACUCUUAACUAACCCGCGCGCCAACUCUUUACUAGUUAUUAGUUUUGGAAUUAAAUUCACGCGACGCCUCUUUAUUUGAAAACGUUUCUCGCCGGCCCCACAUUAUGUAUAUUCUCAUCCAGGGAAUCCGAUGCCGCUCUGUAUUAUAUCUGGCAAUCGGAACAAUUAAGUCUUUAGCCCCAUGCCCCCACCACACCGCCCCCUUUAAAUCAUAUUUCGUUCGCCUUGCAAUGCAAGUUUGGAAUCUGUUUUCAAUUUACAACUUAAAUCGUGUACAUUUCCUCGAAAAUAAAAAAAGUGCUACGUAA